AUGGCGGAUCAAUCUUUGGCUAUCCUUCAAAAGAAGGUCCAUCAUCGAGGCCCACAGUCGAAUGCCUUAAUGGGGUCGUCGAACUUCUUCGUUGAUGACGGGAACAAAUCGGGUUCCUCUGGAAAUCGCGACUCGUUUGAACUGAAGAGCAUGGAUUCAACUCGAAUUCGUAGUGCAGAUAUAAUUGAUACAAAUCAAGAACACAAGAAAAGGUGUUUCGAGAAAUUGGUGGUACGUACAGAACGGAUGACGAAAGAAAACGUAGAAGAUGUCAAAUGUUCACUGAAGGUUGAAGUCAUUGAUGAUACGGCUCUAAUCGAGGCCACUGCUGCUGUUUCUGGAUUCAAGAAUUCUUAUGGGAAAGAAACUGAUGUGGGUAUCGGACAUAAUCCAGGAAAUCUUGGUGGUUCGAAGAAUCCAAAGCAAGAAAAUGAUGGCAAGAAGAAAAGGAACAAAGUAUCCAAGAAAGGGAAGGGGUGUUCGAUGAAAUGCGUGAAAGAGAAAAAGUUGAAUACUCAAGUGGUUGAAGAUCAAAGCGCAAAACAUAAGAAGAUUCCAGAUGGAAAGGGUCCAAAUGGGUUUAGAAAAACGUACCCCAAAGUGAAACUUGUUUACCGAAAGAAGGAUUCCAUUGGUCCAAACUCGAUAGCCGCUGAUGUUCAAGAACAUCUGAUUUCUGAAACUGAAAGUGAACCCGAAAAGAUCAUUGAAGGGGCCUUCCAAGAACCCGAGUCAAAUUUGAAGGCGUCAGAUGAAAAUGAAGAAGAAUCCACCAUCGAACUGGUAGAAACUGAACCCGUAAUCGACAAUGAUGAUGGGUUGCAAUCAAACCCUAAAAAGAAUGAAGAAGAAGAUCAAAAUGUCUGUGAAACUGCAACUGCAAGUGUAGAAUCAAAGAAAAUGGCGUACACAAGGGAGGAAAUGGAGGCACUAAGAUUUGCCAAUGAAGAUGAACAGAAGAAGAAAUGGGCGAAGAUUUAUGAUGGGUUUUCAUCUUCUGUUGCAAAAGAGUACAUCAGUCUUCUUUCUGACAUGAACAAACAGCAGACACAAAGGUACAAUCGUGUUGCAAAUUGUGGGUCUACUUUUAAUCGUCAUGCUAUUCUUAGUAUGCCUCCUGUUUUACCUUUGGGUUCAUCAUCAAGUUACAAAAAGAUGGCGCCAAUUGUUCAUACAGGUUUCAGGGUAAAUUUCACCUGA